GAUACCUGAUCUCAUUUUCUUGGAUUUCAUCACUUGUCGAUUUCCUAUGUCAGAAGAAGAAACAGAUUUUCGAGGUGGGAACUAUGAUUCUGUAGCUAUUCCAAAAACAACCGUUAACAAAGUCGCCACCGAAGUUUUAGGAAGUGCGGGUGUUCACCUCUCUUCAGAUGCCAAAGAGCUGUUGGUUGGGUUUUGUUCUGAAUUUGUGCAGCUCAUAAGUUCACACGCCAACCAACUAUGUGAAAAAGAAAGCAAAAGAGUUAUUUCACCGGAACAUAUUUUGCAGUCUUUGGAAGAACUUGGGUUUGGAGACUAUUGCCAAGAAGUGAAACAAGUUUAUGAAGAGUUUUUGGAAAUCGAAAAGCGUCGUUCCAAGACAAGUUGGACAAGAAUGACUGAACGAACUGGACUGACAGAAGAGGAGUUGAUUCGACAACAAGAAGAACUUUUUGCCAAGGCAAGAGAGAAUCCGUUGGCUGACCUGGACGAGUAAAAAACAUGUUAUAUGUCCUUUGUGAAACUUUCCUUUGAAUAAAAUGCGUAGAGACAAUUUAUCCAUC